AUGUAUUUCCUUCUUUUAUUCCUUCCUUUCGUUUUCUCUGCCGGCAGAGAUCUCGCUUGGUAUUCUUCCAACACUGGACUCGGUGCAUCCUCUCAUUCUGUCAUUCAUCCACCACUACAAGCUGCAACUGCCAUUGACUUUUGUCAGUUGCCAGUCGACACUGGAAAGUGUUCUCAACAACUCGUACGCUAUUAUUAUGACGCGAAUGUCGAUGAAUGCAAACGAUUCACUUUUUCAGGUUGUGGAGGUAAUUCGAAUCGAUUCAUGAGGAGGGCGCAUUGUCGGAACAGAUGCGUGAAACAACCUAAUAAACUGGAAGUUCAAGAAUUGAAGCAUCGGAGAACAGUGACGACAACAACGCCGACACCUCUGAAAAAAGUUGAAGAGACUACAGUGGAAGAGACAACGAAAAGGCAACCAGUGACAGUUCCAGUAAAGAAAGUUGAUCUAGUACAGUCUGGCCAUGAAAAUGGAUUAUGUCAAGACUGUGACCCACUCUACGGAAAAUGUAUUGACGGAAAAUGUGGAUGCAUGAAAGGGUUCCGCUCACUGGGAAAAGUCUGUAUUGAUCUAAAUGAAUGUGAUAACGGAGCGGUUUGUGGUCCGAAUGCGAGAUGUGUCAAUGAAGUUGGAUCGUUUCAAUGUGUUUGUGAUGCUGGUUUUAGUUCUGAUGGGGAUUGUAAAAUCGGACAAGAGGCAUGUUUGGACGAAUUUGAUGUGAAUUUGACGGAAGAGGAUUGCAACAAUGGAAAACAGGAAAUCAAGUACUACUAUGAUGCCGAGGCUGUAAAAUGCAAACAGUUCUUCUAUGGUGGAUGCAAAACGAAAUCUAGAAACUUUUUCGCUGAUUUGCAGACCUGUGACAUUGUAUGUGUAUCCAAUCAAAGAGAUUACCUUGAGUCAAAAGGUCAUUCUCUUCAUCAUCCAUCUCAUCAACUCUCUUCUGACACCUCCGGAGGGAACGAACUGAAAAGUAAUCAUUUUAAGAUCGACUUAUUUUCGUCUCCAUCGUCACCAGUUCGACCCGACCGCCCGUUAUCAGCUGCUGAUUGGCCAUUGAAACCAGUCACUUUGAAACCAGCUCUUGACAUUGACUUCUCUCAGGGACAUACGAAAUCAACAGAUGAGAAACUGGAAGAAGCAAAGAAUGCGGAGAAACUGGUGAAACAAUUGACACCAGAUCAUAAUAUUUGUGACCUGAAAUUCGAACCAGUUCUUCGUGAAGAGUGCAUUUCUGCAGAGUGGGCUGAGAAAUUCUUCUGGAACUCUGAGUUUAGGGAUUGUGAGCCAUUCUGGUAUGAUUCUUCGUGUGAUCCACGUGACAGAGCAGGCAAAAAUUUUUUCGAAACAUUUGAUGAUUGCAAGAAGAAGUGUGAUGGGGUGCAGUCAGAAUAUGUGACUCCUGUUGCAAAUGCUGAAAGUGAGACUGAGAAAGUAGAAGAAGAAGAAGAAGAGCAAACAGAAGAAGAGACAGUUGAAGAAGAAGAAGUCACUCCUUCAGAAACUACUACAACGGCACCAGAAGAAGAGAAUGAACAACAUGAUUUUUUCUUCAAGGUGAAGCCACAAAACUAUUUGGAAGACGUAUUGAGUACUGAGAAAGAAGAUGGAGUGAAGCAUAAUGGGUUCAAUCCAAAUGAGUUUUUGAAAAAUAAUGUUGAAAAAGUGAAAGGGGAAGAACCCAAGAAAACCAUUUCAAAACCAGAUGAUGUGAAAGAAGAAACAGAAGAUAAAAUUGAGCAUGAUAUUCUGGAUAACUUGAAAAAAGAAGGAGUCAUCGAGAAAAUACUAUCAACACCAACAACUUGCGAAUUAGAAUAUGAUGCUGAUCUUCGAAAUGAAUGUUCCUCUGCUGACUGGACAGAGCUGUUUUAUUGGAAUGAACAAUUCAAGGAAUGUGAAGCAUUUUGGUAUGAUUCCUCUUGCGGUGAUCCAGAUUACGAGAAGAAGAAUUUGUUCAAGAGUUAUGAAGAUUGCAAUAACAAAUGCGUUAAGAAAAUUGGUGGAACUGUGAAAAAAACUGAUCCAACCACUACUACAGCCGCUUCUACAACUACAACAACUACAACAACCACGACACCAAAAUCUACAACGCCUUCAAGUUUUUUGGAAGUAACACAACGCCCGAGCUAUAAUCAGAAUAAUCCAUUAAACCUCAUUCUGAACAAAGCAUUGAAACCUGAUGAAUCUUCUGAACUUCCUGAGAAAUUCCCUCCGAAUCAUGAGAAGACUUUUGUCAAUUUCGCGAUCAAAUCUGAAGUGACAGCGACCACGAAAUUCGACAGAUUGAAGUAUAUGGCUGAGUUUAGAAAGAAACUUCUGGCUUUACCGGAUAACUUCUCUACGUCAAGUAAACCAACUUUACCUACUUCCCCGCCUACAACCACUACAGUGGAGCCAUCCACUGAGAAAAUCACAGUUUCUGAAACAGAAAAAUCGACGACCCCUGAGAAACCAACAGAAACAACAACUACAAGUUUUGAAGAUUUUGUGGAAGCCGAAAAGAAGAAAACUCUAGAAACAAUCGCACUUCUUGAUCGCCCAGAGGAUCUUUGUGACGAGCCUUUACAUCCAAAACUAGAAGAAGAUUGUAAAAAUGAUCAAUGGGAAAUCAAGUGGUUCUUCAAUUCUGAUCGUGGAGCAUGCAAGUCAUUUUGGUACGGAGGAUGUGAAGUUGAAAGCAGAAACUUCUUCCCCGAUCAUGCAAACUGUCGUCAUACAUGCUCUCACAAAUACGGAUCACCGAUUAGUUUCUCUUCAAAAGUAUACAUUCCACCUGGUCAACUGAGUACUGUCGCCACUCCUCGUAAAGAUCGUUUGACUACAAGCUUGAAACUCACUUAUCCCCAUUCUGAAGACCUUUUCCCUGAUCAGAACCAAAUAACAGUGGUGGAAUUGGAUGGAAAUUUCCAUCGCGUAGAAGAGCAGGAACGUCUCCGGCUCUUGCCAACAAAAACACUCAAGCCAAAAGGCACAGCUCCUCCUGCUCCAAACAUUGUUAAUGUGUCAGAAGGAGACAAGUCGGAAAUCGAACCAGCUUUCUAUAGUCAUAUUGAUCGAGUUGUUCAUGACAUGAAAACAGGAGGUCAUCCAGAUUAUGCGAAACCAGAAGAGUUUGUCAGAAGAAUAGAGGCAGCUAGCAAUGACUAUAUCAAGUAUGAUUUCCAAAAACCAGAUGUUGUCACAAUCGUCGAUAAGUCACCACCAACUGUGCCAACCUCAAAGUUCGAAGUUCCACCAAAGACAACUCUUAAAUCAGAACCAACACAUCGAACACCAACCACUCGCUCAAUAAACGAUCCAUGCGACGAUGAAUACGAUCCUAAAUGGGAUGAAGAUUGUCUAGGAGACUCAUGGGUUGUCAGAAGUUAUUAUGAUCCAAAAGCAGAAGCAUGCAAAGCGUUUUGGUACGGAGGAUGUCACACGAGCAGCAGAAAUAUCUGGUUUGACAAGGAGACAUGCCGUACUUCUUGUGCUCACAAGUUCCCUACUGACACUCCUAUGAUUGGAGGAUCAAACCUUGAUCAGUCAACUGAAUCUGCCACAUCAUCUGCGGAAAUUCAAACAUCACCCCCAUCAUCGUCUUCAUCUUCUUCAUCUAACACGGUAAUUUUCGUUUCGAGAUCCGCGCAUUUGGUGCCCGCUGCCUCAAAACUAUCGAGUCCAAUUAUUCUGAAAAUAAAGGCACUCGUCUCGUCGGAGCAUCGAUUCAAAGUGGAUCUCGAUCAGAAGUUCGCUGACAUCAAAAGGGAACACGAAGGAAGAGAGGAUUUGGAAUACUCAAAGCUGACACAACAUCCAGUAACCGUUGCAGCGGACUGUUUGGAUGCUUUCAAUCAGAGUCUCUCGAAACCCUGCGGAGAUGGAAAAACAUGGAGUAACAGAUACUAUUACGAUAAAGACACCCGUUCCUGCCGAAUGUUCUGGAGUAACGGAUGUUUUACCCCUUCCAAAAAUAACUUUGAUGAUUUGGAGACUUGUCAAUGGAAAUGUGAAGGAAGGCACCCACAGCCUGCUGGAAAAUCUUGUCUCGAUAAAUUCGACGAAAGAUAUCUGGAAGAUUGUAGACAUGGAGAAUUCACAAACAGAUUCUAUUUUGAUCAUGAUCGGAAGAAAUGCGUGGCUUUCCAUUGGGGAGGUUGUCAAUCAAAAUCUCAGAACUUUUUUGCUGACAUGGGUGUUUGUCAAGACUUGUGUGAAUCACCACCCAGAGAGCUGACACAAGCAUGUAUACAACCGUUUGACAAGAACUAUGAGAACUCAUGUUCUUCUGAAAAACCACAGCAAUACUACUACUUCGAUCCAUCAUCUGGAAUCUGUAAGAUGUUUUGGUUUGGAAACUGCAAAGGAGAAAACGAGAACAUCUUCAGUACUCUAGAAGCAUGUCAAUGGAUUUGUGAAAGGAAGCGAGAAGAGCGAAAACCAGCAAUCUGUGCCGACAAAUUCGACCAAAAGUAUACUGAAUCCUGUGGAAACUCGCAGUGGACUGAGAAAUGGUACUUCGAUCAAUCAUCUGGAGACUGCACAUCAUUUUGGUGGGAUGGCUGCACAUCAUCUUCCCAGAAUAUCUUCCCAGAUGAAAAGUCAUGCACUUCGAACUGCAAGCAUCCUGGAUUCGAAAUCUCUUCCAAACUCGCAUCGGAAGAUUCUAAAUUCAGAUGUCUCGAGCCAGUGGAAAUUGGAAAUUGUCAAGAGACAUAUCCUGCGUUCUACUAUGACCGAAAUUCUCGAAGCUGCAGACCAUUUGCCUAUUCUGGUUGUGGAGGAAAUUCCAAUCGGUUCAUGACAGUUUCUCAAUGUGAAAACUUAUGUUUUGCUUUUAACUCUAUGAACGAGGCAGAAGUUGAUUGUCAUCUUCCAAUGCACAUUGGAUACGGAAAGAAUGAGGAUAGUUGUCUGCCACAGGCUGGAUUCAGAUUCUAUUAUGACAGAGAUUAUGGAAAAUGCUCUCAAAUGUGGUAUUUGGGAUGUGGUGGUAAUGCGAACAACUUCUACUCCUAUGAAAUCUGUCAACGGACAUGCUCUCAAUCCAAUCAGCCCAGAGAACUCGAACGAAAGACACGAGCAAGCAGCGAGGUAUGCUUCGAAGCACCAGGAGACAAAGGAAUUUGUGGGAGAAAUUCCAGUACACAUCCACUACAGAGAUGGACGUACGGUGCUCAAAAAUGUUCUGCUUUUACUUAUUCCGGAUGUGGAGGAAAUCGUAAUCGGUUCGCAUCUCUCGAUCUUUGUGAGAAGACAUGCAAAGGUCUUCUGAAUAGUAAUGAUCCCCGAAUCUGUUCAUUUCCUCCCGACUGGGGAUCGUGUAACCAACUCCGAUACGUAUGGUUCUACAACUUGACACGUGGAACAUGUGAUCAAUUCUUAUACGGAGGUUGUGGUGGGAAUCCGAACAGAUUCGAUACAUUUGAGAUUUGUCAGAAGGCAUGUGAGGUGACUGGAACAGAUCCGUGCAUGGAGUCUCUUGACAGAGGAAGUUGGUGUGAAGCCAUGUCGAAUCGAUAUUACUUUAAUAAAAGAGCCAAGCAAUGCAAAGGAUUUCACUACACGGGAUGUGGUAAAAGUGGAAACAAUUUUGAGACAAAAGAGGAAUGUCAAACUAAAUGCGAAAAACGAUUCCCUCGUGCAGCACCUGCAAAGAAGAAAACGAAAGUAAAGUUGCCAGUCGGAUAUUCCGGAUCCAAACCAAAAGACAAAACUCCUAUGUUACGACAUAUUAAUCUGAAUGGAUUCAAUCAGACCUACUUCAAGUCGGAUCCGAAAUGGAUGGACUAUAGUUCAUGUUACGGAUACAGGUACAAUGUUUCCGGGCGCGACACCGUUUUGAAUGUUCAUUACUGUGCAAUACAAGGAUCAUCUGACUGCAUCAGUGAGAGCUACCGUACCACGGAAGGAGAAGAAUAUUGUAAUAUCCUAAGACCAUUUCUUCGAGGACAGAAUCUCUAUUCUUUUUACUUUGGUCUAGAUUCAGUGAACCCAUUGUACCGUCCAAAAGAUGGACUCUCGGGUAGAAUUCAGCGGAAGAAUGAGACAAUAGCAGCAGUUCUUGUGCUCAAAGCAAACCAGUGCCAUGAAAUUUGUUAG